ACUGAUGAUGAGAUAGUCCCUUCCAACACACUCCUUUUCUACUUUCUCCUAAUAUUCCACCCACUUUCCUUUCUUUUGUUUCCUCUUUAUUAUUAUGAGAGAAAAUUAAAAAAAAAGGGUAUAUUCUGAAGUCUUUUCUCCAUAGAUGGUAUUGAAAAAUAUGUCACCAUAUUAGAGCAUCAAAAACCCAAAAAGGGUAGUGGAAUUUCUGGCCAUAAAGAAGAAUAGAAUACAACACAAAAAGCUUUAAUAAGAGUAAUAAAAUGGGUAGUGAAAACAAGCAAGAGCAAAUUCAAGAAAAUCUUGUUGUCCAUCAUCAUCCUUCUUUAAGGAGUAAAGCUGCACACUUUGUAUCUGAUGUUGCCACUGUUAUUUUCAACCCCAUUUCUGAUAAACCCUUAAAGCCUAGACCACCACCUGUACCUGAAGAUGGAUCUGAUUCUGAUGGAAGUAAGCAUGAGUUAAAUGCAGCGGAAGAUGCCAAAGAUUUAGUUGAUGGUCCUGAUACAUCUUCUUUCACCGCAUUUCUAUAUUCUCUGUUGUCGACCUCAGGAUCUGGGGGUAAGUCUAACACUAAUGGCGAAUACUAUAUGCAAGACGAUCACACUGAGUCAAUACCCGAACUUACAAUGAAGGAACCUAGCAGAAAAAAACGUAUAUUUUCCAGGGGUAAACAGUCCCUCGGCAAAGCUCUUCACCAAGUUGCUAGACUAGGCGGCUUUAGAAAUCAGGGUUCCGCCAAGGGAAGCUCUGAAGUGGUUGGUGGAAGUAAUUCCAAAGUUUGUGAAGAUAAUCAGAUACCUUCGGAAGAUAUGAAUCAGAAACUUCUGAACAAUCUUCCGGAAACUUCUGAGCCUUCAGUUCUCCUCUCUGAGAAGGCACGAAUUGCUCUUUAUGCUGCACUACCUGUGCUUGUGCAGGACAGGAAGUGGGUCAUGUUAUACAGUACAUGGAGGAAUGGAGUAUCACUCUCAACUUUAUAUAGGAGAAGCUUACUCUGGUCUGGCAUCAGUCUGCUGGUUGUGGGGGACCGUAACGGUGCUGUAUUUGGUGGGCUAGUUGAUGCACCUUUAAAGCCAACAACGAAGAGAAGAUAUCAGGGUACAAAUAAUUCAUUUGUCUUCUCAAAUGUUUCUGGCCAACCUGUCAUAUUUCGUCCCACAGGUGUCAAUCGCUAUUUCACUGUCUGCUCCACGGAGUAUUUAGCUUUGGGAGGCGGUGGUCAUUUUGCCCUCUACUUAGAUGGAGACCUGCUAACAGGUUCAAGUGCAACAUCAGAAACUUAUGGAAAUUCUUGUUUGGCACACACUGAGGACUUUGAAGUUAAGGAAGUUGAGUUAUGGGGCUUCGUAUAUGCUUCCAAGUACGAAGAGUUGGUUUCCAUUUUGAGAACGGAGACACCUGGAAUUUGCCGCUGGUAAACACAGGUUUCAGAUGCUUGCUUUCCAGUCUAAAUGAUCGUUUCUGUUCGGUGCCCAUGCUUGUGCGCCAUGUGGAACACGGGAUAGGUUUUGUAUAUAUUUUUUCACAUUUUCUGCAACUAUGUUAACACUUGUAUAGACUUGUUUACUUACAUGUACAGCGAACCAUUUUGAUAAAAUGCUCUUUGCUUACGUGAGAGCCAGCUGAAUAUAUCCGUAAAGCUGUUAUUCAGAAA